AUGCUUGAUGUAACCAAGAUUAAUUUGCAAGAGAUAAGAGAUGAAGGAUGGGAUUCUCAUAUGGAGAAGGUGAUUUCUUUUAUGGCUAAGUAUGACAUUGAGGUUCCUAGCAUGGAGGGGAAAUAUGUUAUCCCAAAGAGAAGGUUGUUUAGAGGUAAGGGCCUGCAAGUGUCAAAUUUACAUCAUUUUCGAGUGGAAGUUUUCUUGAGUGUCAUUGAUCUUCAGUUGCAAGAACUUGAUAAUCGAUUCCCCGAGAUAAGUAAAGAUUUACUUGUGUGUAUGUCUUGUUUGAAUCCAACGAAUCGGUUUGCUUUGUUUGAUAAAGCAAAAUUGAUUGAACUUGCAAAAUUCUAUCCAAAUGAAUUUUCAAGUUCAAAAAUGAUAUUCUUUAACCAUACACUUCAGAAUUUUAUUGUUGGUAUGAGAAAAGAUGAAAGGUUUUGGAAUUUGAAGACUCUUAGUGAGCUUUCAAUGAAACUUGUGGAGACGGGAUUGUCAAAAACUCACGAUAGGGUCUACUUGCUUUUAAAAUUGGUGUUACUUCUCCCCGUUGCAACGGCAAGUGUGGAAAGGGUAUUUUCUGGAAUGACACAAGUGAAAGACAAAUUGCGUAAUAGUAUGGGAGAUCAAAUGUUUGAUUGUUUGAUUACUUAUUUAGAGAAUGAUUUGUUUUUGAAUGUUAGCAUGAAUGAUAUUGUAAAUCGAUAUCAAAACAUGAAAACUCGUCGCGAGCAAUUAUAA